GUAUUUGACAAAGAAGAGCUUUUAGAGUGUAUCCAGCAACUUGUGAAACUGGAUCAGGAGUGGGUCCCAUAUUCAACAUCUGCUAGCCUAUAUAUUCGUCCUACGUUCAUCGGGACUGAGCCUUCCCUUGGAGUCAAGAAGCCAACCAAAGCCCUGCUCUUUGUAAUUCUGAGUCCAGUGGGACCGUAUUUUGCAAGUGGAACCUUUAAUCCAGUGUCCCUGUUGGCCAAUCCAAAGUAUGUAAGAGCCUGGAAAGGUGGAACUGGAGACUGCAAAAUGGGAGGGAAUUAUGGCGCGUCUAUUUUUGCCCAAUGUGAAGCAAUGGAUAAUGGGUGUCAGCAGGUUCUGUGGCUUUAUGGAGAGGAUAAUCAGAUAACCGAAGUUGGAACUAUGAACCUUUUUCUUUACUGGAUAAAUGAAGAUGGAGAAGAAGAACUUGCAACUCCUCCGCUAGAUGGCAUCAUUCUUCCAGGAGUGACAAGGCAGAGCAUUCUGGAGCUGGCAAACAAGUGGGGUGAAUUUAAGGUAUCCGAGAGGUACCUCACCAUGGAUGACUUGAUCACUGCCCUAGAGGAGAACAGAGUGAGAGAGAUGUUUGGCUCUGGUACAGCCUGUGUUGUUUGCCCAGUUUCUGAUAUAUUAUACAAGAGUGAGACCAUACACAUUCCAACUAUGGAGAAUGGUCCUAAGCUUGCAAGUCGUAUUUUGGACAAAUUGAGCAACAUUCAAUAUGGAAGAGAAGAGAGCAACUGGACAAUCAUAGUAUCCUGAAUGAGAAACACAGGACAUCAUCUGUAUGCCAUUAGGACAGACAACAGUCUGAAUUAUGAUAGAUUUCUUUGGCUACCUUUUCACAGUUGUGCAUAACUUAGUUUGUAUUAUCAGUGUAUUACCAGGGUGAUUGUUUCCAUAUGCCAGAGAAAAUGAAUUGCAAUCAUAAAAUGAUGAUUUGUAAACUUAGUAGUAGAAGCUUACUUACCUUCUCUUAGAAAGAUGGUAACGUAAGCCAUAUAACAUAGAAUUUUCCUCAAUAGUUUUAGUGCCUCCCUUAGUACUU